GGCUACUCUUGUUAGUGUGGAUUUUUUGGUGAAUUAUUCUAGAAAUGGCAUUAUGAAUUUUUUUGUAUUUCAGGAAUUUGUUAUGGCUGGUGGCUGUGACGGGUCCUGGAAUGGUAGGCAUUUAUUUACUUGUCCAAAUGCUCGAGGCCUUUUCCUACCUCUAUUAUCGCUUAUUAAAGAAAAGGAAUUUUAUGGAAAUAAACACACAACUUCUGAGACUUCAGGUCAAACAAGAAGAACCUGCUCUUUCACUUGUUCAAGUACGUCGGUGAGCACGUCGCUGAGCUCGGAUAAAGCUCCUGCGAGUUUGGACUUGAGCUUGGCACCAGAGCCUCCACCACCCAAGAACAGGGCAUCCUCAAGUGACAGCCAUGGUAGAACCUGCAUGAAGCAAAGUGGGGCUGAAAUGAUUCAUGCAGGAAGCUCCAGCGUGAGUGGUAGCAAGUCCUCGAGACAGAACCACAUCAAUCACCACGACCAGAGUGUAAACUCCAUCUCUGUCAUGGCUUCGAUAUCUUCACCUCCUUCAGCUGCUGCCACCUCUACCUGUACUGCAUUCACUCAUACUGUUUACUCCUCCACAAGCAAAAGUAAGAAGGAGGUACUAGCAGGGAGGCUUGUACAAGGUGGGACUCAGGACACAUCUCUGGAAAAACAAACUGUCAGUGCCAGUGAGGAUGAUAAGAGGAUAGCAAGUGGGACAAGGAGCCCAAGUAGAGGGGGUUCUGACGAGGACUGGCAUGAUGCCUUGGCUUAUUUUGGGGAGACAAUGGUUAGAAAAUCAACACUACUGUCUGAAGGCAGAUUGAGUGAUAGCUCAGGUAGGCUAGGGCAAAUUCGACAGCCCAGUAUGUCAACACCAUCAAGUCCAACGCUUAAUGAUUACCAAAGACACCAUGGAAAAAAACUUAGUUGUUCAAGUACGUCGACGACAGCAAGUGAUGUGUCAAAGUACAUGAGUUCUCCUGGGCGGUACUCCAUGGGUGAUAGAGCUCAUCCAAACAAGAAGGAGAAGACAUCAGGUUUUCUAAAUAUCUUUCGCUGGUUCAGAAACCGGGAAAAGAAGAAGAGAGCAACAUCAGUGGACCGCAUGAGCAACACCAGUACAGGCAGCGUCAACAGUCUGUCUAGCUCUGCCAGUGGGCUUAAUUAUGCACCCAUCAUGAGAAGCAAGAGUGCUGACACACACAAAAAGAUGUCUUCAAAAACUCAACCCCAGUUUGGUAUUACCCGACGAUAUAAACUAUUCUCAAGGAACGUUUCACAUGAGCAUAAACAUUCAGAGGGUUCCAGUGAAGAGGGAGGCAGGAGGCUGUCAGUUGUAAGCACUUCCUCAGACACACUGUCUAGGUCAGAAUGUCGAGGAACAACGCUGAGUCGAAAAAAAAGGCUGGCACCACAGCCACCUGGAUCACCAAAGGCUAGUGAUUCGGGAUCACUGAGGUCACAGAAAAGCUGCACCAGCCUCCCUGCCAGGGAAUCAAGGCCCAUCAUGGACUCAGGACAAGGUUUACAGAGCCCAAGUAGUUGGGUACCAGAAGGAAGGAAGCUUCAAAAAUGCAAGAGUGAAGGUGUGAUAUAUGCUAAAGUAAAGAGAAGAGCUCCACUACCACCAGGUCAGAUAGCCACAGGAACAAGUGUUAUAAAUGAUAAUAAGGAGAAGUCAUCAACACUUACUAAAGAGGGCCAGAAGAGGCGUCAGGCACCAUGUGUUCCUUCUGAGAAAAGUGAUAGACCAUUAAGUUCUGUUUCCACUGGAAGUUGUCUGUCUCAGUCCCCAUCGUCAGCAUCUACCACACUGAAGUCGCAGAGCAGCAGCGUGGCAUCCAGUGGGGCACCUAGCAGUCAGUACUCCAGUGAGUCUGUCAGACUGGAGAGUGGGUUUCUCAGGCAGGAUAUCACCAAGUCCUCCUCCAGCCCUGCCAUUCCUGACUCUGGCAAAUUAACACUCUCUCCUCGUCCUUGGUAUAAAAGAAAGAAAAAUAAAGAUAAGGAAAUUAAUAACGAUUCAAAAUUAGCCAAUAAGAAAGACAAGGUUUAUGAUAGCUGGAUGCCAGAUAUUCAGUUUUCACGAAGUAAGCUUAGUUUAACCGGGACUUUUAGAAAAAGCAAAAGUUUUGAGAGUAGUGAUGAUGGCACAUUUAAGAAAUCAAAAGAGGAUGAUAGAAAAGAAAAGAGAAAAUCUCAGGUUUCAUUGUUGGCUAAUAUAAGUGAGCUGGAUCGAGCAGCCUCAGAGCAGAUGCAGCGUGAACUGGAGCAACGAAAAGCACAAAGGAAGACCUAUGAUAGCAAAUUUUAUAAAACCUGUGAACCACACAUUCUAACACAGACAGACUUCCUGCCAAGAACGAGAAGUGAAAGUGAAGGGGAACUUUUUGAUGGGGGUACAUUGAGUUCUUCUGGGACAGCCACUCUAGGCUCCUUGGCUAGCAACAGAACAGAAGCUGGAGAGCAUGCAUUCCCAAACCAUUUAAAUGGUAUUUAUGAUAACCUUAAUGACACUGGCCCAGACCUAACUCUACCUCAAAGCUAUUCAAAACAAGCAACACUCAGAAUGGAUGAAAAAGAAGGUAACUUCCAUCAUUCCAGUGAAUGUAAACCAAGUGCUCCUGAUGCCUCACUGAUUGGUGUAUCCGGUUCAUCUCCAGGACCAAAUUCUCCCAAGACUAGCAGAUCCACCUCACACCUUAGCCACUCUGCACAUAUUCUAGGUGCUACCACUACACAAGAGCCCCUCUCAUCUAUUGCUCGAGAGUCACCAAUAAGGAGAGCAACAUUUGAUGCAGAAUUGUUUUACCGGCUUGCCAAAGAUACUCAAGUCUCUGUUGAGCCAAAAAGCAAAAAUUCUCCAAAUCUUACUGGGGUCAAGGAGAAAAUGGCAUCAUAUGAGGAAGUAAGUGAAGAAGAGAUUGAGGACGAAGCAUCACUUGGUAGCGAAUCUCUGGGCCAGUUUCGGAGAUUGAAUAAAAAUUUUGGUCUCCGCAUGAACAACUUUUUCUCUCCAGAUGUUUCUACAAUCAUUGAGGCAUCUGAGUCCAUGACAUCAAGUGCCACAACUCCAGCAGAUGAUAUUUAUGAAGAUCUGCCUGUACCCUCAUCUGUCAUGGGAAGAGCAGGGAGGGAGUCUGUCCAUGAUGAGCUGAACAGCGAGGCGAACUAUGACAUUCGUCUUAACACAGCUGAUGCUCUGGAGAUCAUGCAGGAUCUAGCAGAUGUUAGACAAGAAAUACAGAUGAUCAACAUUGAAGAAGAAAAUGAGGCAAGAAACAGGGAAAAGAAGAGGGCAGAUAAGAUUUGUGAAGAGAUGUUUCUUUCAAGAAACAGAAGUAAUUUUGAAAUUUGGCAGAAUGCAAUAGGACAUGUAGGACCUAGUAAUACAGAUGCAGCUCCACCACCUCCCAUUGACCUGAAUGAAGGAACAGAUCGUAAGCUGAAGUGGGUGUGUGAGGUUUGUACUCUGAUCAACUUGCCAUGGAGGCUUCAGUGUGAGGCUUGCAUGGUGCGUCGACCCUCCAAUCCAAAGAGAAUAGAUGAGGAUGGAAAAUCUUUCACCUCAGAUCACAUUGGCUCUCAGCCUAGCAUCUCUGAUGAAAGUCCCGUGACAGUGAUCCACGAUGAAGGUAAUGUAGAAGGUUCUAGGGAAGCUUUGGGAGGUCCUGAUGCUCUUGUACCAGACACUUGCCAGAUACCGGAGGGGGAUCAAAAAUCUCGAGACAAAAAGAAAAAAGAUAUUAACUGGGAGAGAGAAUUGCAAAAAUAUUUCAAAACAUUUGACGAGCAUGUCAAAGGCAGUAUGAGCGACACCAAAGAUUGUGCACUAAAUUCAGAAACUCUAAAACCCAAUGAAAUGAGUGCAAGUGAAGCUGAGGAAUGUUAUGGAAAAAUUAGAAAUUCGAGGAAUGAAUCAGGCACUACAGGACCUAGUACUUCUGAAGAACCUAAGGUUUGGGGCAAGGGUGCAAAGCCAAAGACAGGUAUUUUUGGCACUGCUGCAGGACCACCUGACAUGUUUAUUCAAACCUCUGAUCAUCUCCAAACUGACAAUGAGUUAAAAACAUUAGAGUUUACUAUUAAAGAGAUGCAUAAGAUUGAAGACUUAGACAAAGAGCCAGAUAUGGAGCAGUUGAGAAGAGUAAGGAUAGCAAAAUUUCAGGGAAACACUCAUACUGAUGGUGAUCAAAUGAACCACAGUGAAGCAUGCUCAUUAAUGGUUGUUCAGGAAAAAAAAACAACAAAAAAACAUGGAGACAAAAGGAAAAAAAGUAAAACAAACAAAACUGAGCUUCAAGAAGACAAGGAAAAUGAGUUAGAAAAUAGCAGUGAUGAUGUUAAAAGUUUGUCAAAAGAACAAGUCUUGAGGCUCAGAGAAAUCGAGUAUCAGCACAAAGAGGAGAAAUCAUUCUACAGUAAAAAUUUUCGUAAACCGCAAGUGUUAAAGCCAAGUGGUGCUGUACGUAAUGUGGUUAGUAUUUUUAAUCAGUUUGAACAGUUGCAACAUGCAAAGAAAGAAAAGCCUCGAGUGACUCGUAGAAGGUCAUUUGGUAAUGUAGUUGGAAGAACACAAAUUUUUGAGCAGUUAAAUAAUCAAAGCAAUAAUCUGGAGCUACAGAGAUCCCAGGCUGAGACCAGAGAAGUUAACAGACCACAGUUUAAGAGUGAUGUUCCAAGGGACACAGAAGUAUUUUCUGCAAUUGCUAAAUUUGAUGAAAUGGCUGCCAUGGCUGAAUUAGAAAAAAUUGAAAAACAGAGAUUAAGAAAGGAAGCAGCCAAAAGAAAACCUAAAUUCAGUACAUUAUCUUAUGCAAACGAGAAUGUUGCUACCACCACUACAGUCGUUGUCAGCUAUGACACUAGUUCCAUCAACAGCACCUAUGUUACAGCAGAUUCACAAUCUUACACUCAACUUGUCCUUAACACUGAACCGAUAUCUGGAAAACCUCCCCUUGAUCCUAAAUCAAAUUCUCAUUCCAUUGAUCUGUCAGAGGGAAUCAUAAAAGGAGGCGUCCUUUAUACUGAACAACGCAAGCGCUCCAUGUCCAUAGGAUCAGGAACCUUUGAAUUAAUCCAGGCUAAAGAUUUUGAAACUAUUGAAGCACAGCACAGUGAAUGUUCACCAACCGGUGAAGGUCGAAGCAUCACCAAUCCUGUCACCCUUUCACAAAACACUGAAAACUGGAGCAUCGCCCCUUCACCAAACCCACCAGGAGUGAUGGUGUCUCCAGUUGUGCCAGAUAUUGUUAUUGAGCCACAUGUAUCCCUUCCAUCCUGUUCUGCUAACACCACAGUCAUGGUGUCAGAGGCAGGAGAUCAGCUUGGGGGUCAUGAGCAUACAGAAAAGAAAGAAGUUGAGAGAUUGAGUCGUCAGCUUACAGAAGCUGAUGGUAUUGCUACAUUUAAAGCAACCUUGCGAGUUGAGGAAUCAACUCUUGGUCAGCUCAAUACCCUCAACAUCAAUCGACUUCUAAAACGACUUGAGGGUGCCAUAGCUCAUGGUAACCAUGCGGAUGCUGCUCAGCUUGCUCAUGAACUGGCUGAACUGAGGGUGUCCUGCUCAGUUACUCGCAAUCCUAGAAGUACAGUAAAUAACGAGGCUAGCACAUCAGCAUCUGCGGCUACACUGAUGGAGUCUGAGGCUGAGCAACACUUCACUGAUUCAAACGUGUGUUUAGACUUGCCAAGAGCUCGAACUCCUACCAGUAAUAUGUCAGAAUGCUUUUAUGAUGCUUCAGAAAUGUUAGAAAAUGAAGAAAUGAGUAUAAAUGAGAGUAAUCCACUGACUGUCGAUGAGAUUCAGUUGUCUGAAGUGAAAAUUUCUUCAAAUGAUACAUCAGCAAAUGCAACAACAGUUCUUAAUUCUUUAUUACUCUCCCCACUGCCUCUGCAGAUAUCACCUGUCCACACUUUGAAUAAUACUCAAACAGGAUCAGCCUCUGAAGAAUGUCACACUUGCAGUGAAAACACUGAAGGACUUAAGAAUACUACAAGUUCACCACCUGCCACCAGACGAGACACUCGAGUAGAUCCAGCAAGACGUGAAGUAAAAUCCGACACCAUUAGUAAAUUACCUGAUGGACCUCCAGUCUAUAUGAAAAAUCUUAGUGAAUCAGUUCUUCCUUUCAAUGUUAAAAUGUAUGUUGAGGAUAAGAACAGCCACCAAGGGCCCAUAACAUUCGCUGUUACAUCAUCAAUGACAGUGGGAGAAUUGCGAAAGAAAGUCUGUCAAGACUUUGGAUUCCCACCAGAGGUUCAGAGAUGGAUCCUGGGAAGACGCUUGGCAGAUGAUGACAAUCAUACCUUGGAGCACCACAAGGUUACCACAGAAGCUUGUCCAAUUUUCCUUUACUUAGUGGCCCCUGAUUCUGAGUCUAAAGUUCAGGUACAGACUCCUUCUGAAAAGACUGUUAUUUCAAGACAUAAUGGAUGUCAUUAUGGUGAGGUAAGAAGAGUGAAGGAGGAUGAACCUCCAAGACAUUUGCAAGACUGCAGUAAAGAAACAAAUGAGCAAUACAAGUUUUAUAACCCAGAUACAAAUAAAUAUGAAAUAAGCAUUGAUGAAGAUGAUAGUGAUGUAAGUGGUGAAGAAGACACUAGUGAAGAAGAUACAUUAGAGGAAGAAGAUGAUGAUGAAAAUGUAUACCAAAAUGAGACUUUUAGUGAAAAAGAGAAAGAAAAAGAUCAGCAUGUAUAUAAUUCAGCAGCAAGUAGAGAGACUAAUUUACAACAAAAUGAAAAUAAAAUAUAUAAAUCAGUGUUAUUACAGUCGCAAGGAGAGAAAUAUUUAUUACCACAGCCUCUAAAUUCACCUCAUAUUACCAUUACCACAAAUGCUGUUUCUAGUCAAGACAGUAACUCUCUAGCUAUUUAUUCAAAUGCAGUAUCUACUAGUCACACCAGUUCUACAAGUAUUGCCAUUCAUGCUACCCACAGCCAAAGUGAUAUGCAGGAACACAACAAAGAAAGUUAUAGAUUAUUACAAUAUCAGUCAACAGAGAGACAAAUGUCUCAGCCUGCUGAAAAGUUAAGUCAACAACACCAAAUACAGCAUACCAGUACAUAUAAACAAAUGAAGCUGCAUAAUGAGACUAUACCUAUUGAUCAACAACAAGUACAAAUACAAGAAACAAAAUGCAGUACACAGUUACAGCAUCAGAAGCAAUAUCAUCAACAUAUGACAUUGCAACACCAGUCAUCAUCAAAUCAACUUAUUUCUCUAAAUCCCCAAGAGUCAAUUCCUACUCAAAGUUCACACACAGAAUAUACUCAAGAUUUACCUUCUAAUCACAAUGGUUUACAAAAAUUGGACUUUUCAAAGCCAACCCAAGAAUUCCAUAUCAGAGAGUGUGAAUUGCAGCCACAAAUUCCUAAGUAUUCAACUGGGCACCCAACACCACUGUCUGUUCAUACCCAGGAAACACCAACACAAGAACAUCCUCAGCUCCCCUGGUCGAAAAAGUCUCAAGAACAAUCAUCAGAAUUCCAGCUUCAGUCUUCUCACUCACAACAUUGUUUAACACAACCAACACAGAAUCAUUCAAACCAGUUUUUAGAGCACCAAUCAACCCAGUCGUCCCAGCAACAAGAUUCCCAGUCAUCACAGCAAGACACUUUCCACCCACAGCAGCAGUUAGGACAACCUCAGCACCAGAAACAAUCUCUACAAUUGCAACUUCAGAGAGAGCCUCAACAGAAUUCAAGAAAACCAGAGCAGCAAUUACCCGAACAGCAAAGGCACUUUAUGAAUAAUGAUGCAGCAGCAACAAAGCCUCAGUUAUCAGGGCAGCAAGUGGACAUGAGAAGAGAGCCACCUGCAUCACCCACCAAGACCCUUGGCUGGGUGUGCCCAAGAUGUACACUAGUUAACAAGUGGACUAGGCCAGGGUGUGAGGCUUGUGCCACUGAGCGCCCUGGUGAUGUGUACCAGCAUGAAACAGGCUUCUCUCACAAGACACCUGGGUUAGGUGCAGUGAUGUUUGCACUUGAACGUCAGGGCUGUGUACCCAACCCAGACCCAUUCGAGUGCCGCGUCUGCUUUGUGGACAUUAAUUCAGGCGAAGGUGUCGUACUGCGGGACUGUCUCCAUACCUUCUGCAGAGACUGCCUGGCUAGUGCUAUUAAAUAUUCAGAAACAGCAGAUGUGAAGUGUCCAUAUAGAGACAACCAAUACUCCUGUGACUCUUCUCUGCAGGACAGAGAAAUCAAAGCUCUGGUGACACCAGAGGAGUAUGAGAAGCAUCUGACUAAAUCUGUGAAGCAAGCUGAGGGAAACAUGCAGAACGUGUUUCACUGUAAGACACCGGACUGCCCUGGAUUCUGUCAGUUUGAAGAUAAUGUCAACAUAUUUCACUGUGAUGUCUGCAAAAAGGUCAACUGCCUUACAUGUCAGGCUCAGCAUGAAGGCAUCACAUGUCAAGCAUACCAGGAUGAUCUUGCACAAAAGGUCGAUGAGGCUGCUAUGAAAACUAAAAAGUUCUUUGACGAUAUGAUUCGUCGAGGAGAUGGUUUACCAUGUCCAAAGUGCUCAGUGAUGCUAAUGAGAAAGUGGGGCUGUGACUGGAUGAGGUGUCCCAUGUGUCGAACAGAGAUCUGUUGGGUGACUGGAGGGCCACGUUGGGGCCCAGGGGGACCAGGGGAUGUGUCUGGAGGCUGCAAAUGUGGAAUUCGAGGUAGAAAAUGUCACCCAAAAUGUACCUACUGCCACUAAUAUACUGCCAUAACAUGUGCUCCAGUUAGAAAAUAUUCUAUUGAAGAGAAACAAUGGGACUUCAUUUAUUUCCUGGCACACAAAAUAGUAUUAAACAAAUGUGCAUUAAAAUUGAAGACUCUAGACUUGAACCAUAAUGCAGAAUGUGCUUGGACAUUUAUUUCAGCAUUAUCAAGAAUUUAUGUAACUUAACUCAUUCACUCACAAACUUCCCAGUAUAUUAUGCAUUUGCAUGUGAAUGAGUAUCUUGAACUAGUUUGUUGACUGACCAAAGAUCAAUAUUUAUGAAAAGUAGAUAUAUUUUACUAAAAUCAUGACAUUUUUUGUUGAAAUUUUCAACUUGGUCAAAAGCAUUCCAUGGCCAGUUGUCAGACAGUAAUUGGGGUUUUCCUUAUAUGAAUUGGGUUAUACAGUAGAUGUUAUUUCUUUUGACAGUGAGGCUCAACUUUAAACAGUGAAGUACAGGUAUUGUGAUUAGAAUUAUGUGGCACUAUACAUUUUUUUACUUUAAAAAUUGUGAUUCUAGUCUUAUUGACAUUGUCUAGUCUCCAAGUCAGGAAGAUGGGCAGCUCUUUAUGCUUAAGGUAUAAUGACGCUUCACAAAGUAUUGCAGCCUUGCACUUAGUUUUAUCUUUUAAUUUAUAUUUCCAAUAUCAUAUCAUGAUCAAAAUGUGGGCACAUUACUACAGUGCACUAUAAAUGUUUCAGAAAAGAUGAUUGGUAAAUAUUGUUACUGUGCUGGAGAGACUUAAGAAAGUCUUGAAACUUUAUUUAUUACCUAGAAUCUGGCCUUGUAAGUAAAGUAAGACACAAUGACACUAAAAUCUAGAGCAAAUCAUGUAAUAAAAGAAGGGAAAACAGAGUUGUAGCUACAUAAUGAAGCCCACAUUUGGAGUGUGCUGUUGUACAUUUGACAUUUCAGUUUAACUUAAGCCAAAACAUUAUCACAUCAGCACACUCAAUUUGUCAGUUUUUUUAAACAAAUGAUGAGAAUAUAUAUUUCUUAUAGGCUAUCAUAUGCAACAAAUAUUAGUAUCAAAUGUUAAAAACUUUUUAUAUCCUUAAAACUUUUGUACAUUGGGAUAGUUUGAGUAAGCUAAGAAAUAUUUUCUACAUUUUUACUUUUGCACAUGAUUCAUGUAUUGCAUCCUGUAUAAUGUUAAUGAUUUGAGUGAAUUGAAGUUAAAAAAUAUGUAUGCACACUAUCACUGUCUAGGAACUGGUUAUAAAGAUAAAACCUAACAAGAGUAUGUAAUACUUGAACUUUGCUUGCUAAACGACCCACACAAAAUUAGUGCUUUUCACGAAUAUACACUUAUAUGGGAAUUGACUAAGUUUCAUGGAGACUUAGAUUAACUUGGUCCUUGAUAAGGUGUCGAUGUGCUGCUAAACACACUAACUGGACAACAGUUUGUAAUUUUAUAGAGUAGCAUUGGCAAUCUAUGGUGUGUAUAUUGGUUUUCUUGGCCAUGGAAGCUCUUGGUUGUCAAAAUAACAUUGUUCAAUUUGCAUCUAUGAAUAUAACCUGUGAUAAUGACUUAUUAGUCUAGCCCAUUUAACUUAAUUUGUAUAUAAUUGUAUGUUGCCUCAUGCCAGUUGUACACAAGAUAAUGCAUUACAUUUUAAAGAACACAGCCUAAAUUUUUUUACCUCCUAUAUUUAUGUUUAUAAUUCCUGUUUUUAAAAUUUUGCUUUAGAGUUAAUGUUGGAAUUUUUUUCAGGUUUGACAUUAAUAUAGGUCAGUGUUAGUUUUCUUUUGAAUCACAGUCGCUUAUGGCUAAAGCAACUUUUACAUACAUUUUAUGCAUUGUAUUAUUUUCAAAAUUUACUCGAGGCAGUGACAUGUACAGCAAAAGUUAUUGCACUUUGCAGUAAUUUAAACCAUACUUUGUGUCAUAUGGUGUGUGCUUUCCAACUUGCUGAGUGCAGUGUUUGGAACACACUAAGUAUGAAAGGUGUUGUGCCUGGGUAUGUAUGUACAGUACUCUCUUGUGAUCUCCCUGGAAGAGUUUAGUCUUACAUGUGGUUAUUAAUGUGCAAUACACAGUGAAGAUUUACAAAUGUACAUAUAUAUUUUAUCUUCUGAGCAGCAGAUAAUUUAAAUUUAAAUGUAUGUUGAUGCUCUUGUGGUGCUAAAUAAAUUAUUUACAAUA